CUUAUGUCAAACAGCAUUAAGCACCUCACACAGCACUAAUGGAAGGUUUAAAACUUAUCCGUGCCAGCCUGGAGGAAGCGCAGAACCAUGCGUGGCACAGGACAGAAGGCCUAAGCACCAAUUCUUUGGUAGUGAGGAGGGGACAGCACUUUAGACUCACACUGUGCUUCAAUUGCCCUUAUAUGUCAAGCAAAGAUGAUCUUAUGCUCAAAAUAGUCCUAGAUCGUCUUUGCUAUGAAAUCCCUAUUACUUCCUCAAAAGCGACAUCUCAGUCGCAGUGGUCUGCUUACUUUCAACACGGCAUGUUUGACACCAGCGUCCCUCACAAGGCUUCUGUGUGUGUGUACAGUCCACCAACUGCUAUUGUGGGAGUGUAUCAGGUCCAUCUCUUGUUCAUGUCUCGCGCUGGCUCUUACAGUGGCAGGGUUGGACAGUUUACCCUGCUCUGUAAUCCUUGGUGCAUAGCUGAUUCCGUCCACCUGCCUGAAGAAGAUCAGAGAGAAGAGUAUGUGAGGAAUGACUUUGGACUGUUGUACCAGGGCACAGCCAAAAACAUCAGCUUUAAACCAUGGGGCUUUGAUCAGUACGAAAGUGGUAUCCUGGAGAUCUGUAUGAUGUUGCUGCAGGUGAGCAAUGAACACAAGAAAAACUGGAAGCAAGAUUAUGUUAAUCGCUCAGACCCUGUUUACAUCAGCAGAGUUGUCUCAGCUAUGAUAAAUAGUAAUGAUGACAGUGGUGUGCUACAAGGGAAUUGGUCAGAUAAUUUUACCAACGGUGUCAACCCAUCAGAGUGGACAGACAGUGGAAGCAUACUUAAACAGUGGGCCAACUCUGGUUUCAGACCUGUCAAAUAUGGACAGUGCUGGGUUUUUGCUGCUGUCAUGUGCACAGUAAUGAGAGUCCUGGGAAUUCCAUCUCGCGUGGUCACCAACUAUAACUCGGCUCAUGACACUAAUGGGAACCUAGUAAUUGAAGAGUAUUACACAGAGAAAGGGGAAAAGCUGCCUCAUAAUCGUGACAGCAUCUGGAACUUUCAUGUGUGGGCAGAGUGCUGGAUGAAGAGAGGAGAUCUGAGACCAGGCUUUGACGGCUGGCAGGCGGUCGACCCCACUCCACAGGAGAAAAGCGAAGGAGUAUACAGAUGUGGUCCUGCUCCAGUGAAAGCCAUUCGGGAGCGUCAGAUUGACAUGUCCUAUGAUGUCCCAUUCAUCUACGCUGAAGUUAAUGCUGAUGUGCGUGUGUGCGUUGUGCGCCAUGCACAAGUUGUGAGCUGCACCACUGAGACAGACCGAGUGGGUGUUCUCAUAUGUACUAAAAGUCUGGGAUCAAACCGACCACAGAAUAUCACUUCUACGUACAAAUACAAAAAAGCUCUACCACCAUUUGACAAAUCAGUAAUUCCAAAAUCAGCACAAAAUCUUUCUGUGAAGCUGAGCCUUAUUGGAGUGCCCGUGCUUGGAGAAAAUAUCUGCUUUUCAGUCACUGUGACUAACCAUAGCAGUGUUUCAAAGACACUAAGAGAAUAUGUCAAUGCUCAGCCAAAGCACUAUGACCACAGUCCAUUGGAUACCUUCUGGGAGGCUGAAAACAUCAUCCAGCUUGCUCCCCGUGGAAGAAAAGUGCUACAGCACCACAUCACAUACAGUCAGUAUUCAGCACUGGGGAAUGAUCAGCUAGUCAAUUUAGCAGCAGUAAUAAUGGAUAUGGCUACUCAGGAGAGAAUCCUCGCAUCUGAAGAGUUUAACAUCACCAGCCCAGCCAUUAAUAUUGAGGUUGAGGAAAGAGGCGCCAUCUCGGUCCGCAGACGCCAGGUUGCUAUGGUGACAUUUACCAAUCCGUUCUCCGUGGCAGUGAGGGGCGUGUUGACUGUGGCCGGUUCAGGCCUGCUGGAGAACAAAGUGCUCAUCAAUGUUGCACUACAGCCCAGAGAGACCAUGAGCACCUUGGUAAACUUUACACCAAAGAUGCCAGGAGUGAAAAUGCUGCACGCAAGUCUGAACCUGGAUAUCAACUGUAUUGUUAUACGUGGCUUCAGAACCAUUACAGUUCAAUAAACAUAGCCACGAAACGAGAACCCUGUACAUGAGCCACUGAUUAAUUUUGUUUAAACUGGAACUAUACUUGAAAAAACUAAUCUUGAAGAAACUGUGACUAUUUAAAGUUGUAUUGUUUGUUUAUUUAUUUGUGUAGUUAUUUAUUUUUUGCUAUGUGAUUUUAUAUCUGUACUCACAAAAGUGAAAAUAAGUGACAACAUUAUAACAUAUAAUUUAGGUAAAGUAUUAUAUGAAUAUUUCGAAGAGGAUUGUGAUUGUUUAAUUAUUUCUUUGUUGUUAGCAUUAGCAUUUUCUGAAAAAAUAAGUGUUUUCUGUGUCACUAUAAUAUAACUCAAUAGGCAGAAACUAAUAAAAAUAUAUGAAAUGUAAUACACAACUAAUAAAAGAAUACUUUACACGUGAUCUUGUA